GGAUACUAUUGAAGUCCCUGUACAUUUUAACAGAGACCAUUGAUCUGGCAACCUGUUUCUUUAUCAAUGACAGAGACAGCUUAACUUGACAAUAUUGUCAUUGUCAAUAUUAACUAAUAUUUUUUUCAAGAUGUCUCAAAAUUCUGGUAUUUCAAAAACUAAACUAUUCACAUCAUAAAUAUGAUUUUGAUUGUAAAUGAAACCACAUUACUCCUAAUUCUGAUAAGUGUAUUAAGUCUUAUCCAUCCAAGUACAUCCCAACACAAGCAAUCGUGCCACAGCCCUAUAUACUGUCAAGGAGAUCUUCUUCACGUAGUUCAAACAGCCAAAAUUUUUAAUGAUUCUAAAACAUUCGUAGACAUGGCUAUGAUAAAUCCAGUAAACGAAACGUUAAAAAAAUUUCAAACCUUAAUGGCUGAAAAUGACGACAACCCUUCCAGAGAACAAAUAGCAGAAUACGUUUAUCAAAAUUUUAAAGCUAUAGGGGAAUUAGAUGAAGAGUAUCCCAGAGAUUUUAAAAAAGAACCGAAGAUUAUUAAAGAGAUUGCUGAUCCGGUUGUAAGGCAUUUUGCUCAACAUAUUAUCGACAUUUGGCCGACUCUAACCCGAAAAGUGUCUUAUCAUGUACUUGAUCACCCAGAUACCCAUUCGUUGAUACCUGUGGAACAUCCUUUUAUUAUCCCAGGUGGUAGAUUUAAGGAAUAUUAUUACUGGGAUUCUUACUGGAUUUUAAAAGGUUUAUUGCUAAGCGACAUGUAUGAAACAUCUAAAGGACUUGUCCAAAAUUUACUAUCGAUGGUGGAGCGAUAUGGCUUUAUCCCUAACGGAGGAAGAAUUUAUUAUCUAAAUAGAUCACAACCACCACUCAUUAGCCUCAUGGUAGCAGAUUAUGUGAAGGUCACUAAAGAUUUUGAAUUUAUUAGAAAUAAUAUUGGUACGCUGGAUAAGGAGCUGAGUUUUUGGCUGGAUAAAAGACUCGUGAAAAUACAAAAAGACGGAAUAGAUUACGAAUUAGCGCAUUAUGAUUCUGAAAGUGAUACGCCAAGGCCAGAGUCGUAUUUGGAGGAUAUAGAGACUUGUUCUAGUAAAAUAGACGAAGGAAAGUACGAAUGUUACACAGACCUAAAAAGUGGAGCAGAAAGUGGUUGGGACUUCACCAGCCGUUGGUUAUUUGACAAAAAGGGAGAACCAACAUCUGAUUUGGAAAUGAUCAGCACAAGAAGAAAUGUACCUGUUGACUUAAACGCAUUUCUAUAUAAAGCUUUUAAAGCUGUUUACAAAUUCCAUCUGAUCUUACAAAAUGAAGAACAAGCCAGAUUUUGGCUAGGCAAAAUGGACAAAUGGAAAGAAGCUAUCGAAGCUAUUUUCUGGCAUGAAGAGGAUGGAACAUGGUACGACUAUGACAUGAAACUACAGAAACCAAGAAGAUAUUUUUGGGCUAGUAAUUUAGUGCCACUAUGGGCAGGCAGCUUCGAUGAAGACAAACGAGAGGAAAGAGGAGCGAGAACUGCAAAGUAUUUACACAAAAUUGGCAUUGAUCGUUACAGGGGAGGCAUACCAAUGUCGCUGUUGCCUACAGGACAACAGUGGGACUUUCCAAAUGCUUGGUCACCUUAUCAAAAUUUGAUUAUUAUAGGUUUAGAUAAAAGCAAAGACCCAUCUGCCCAAGAACUUGGCAAAGAUCUGGCUCAUAAAUGGGUAAAUUCCAAUAUCAAGGCUUUUCACGAGAACAAAGUCAUGUUCGAAAAAUACAAUGCGGAAAGUAGCGGACAUUUUGGCGGCGGCGGAGAAUAUCACAUUCAAGCAGGAUUUGGAUGGAGCAACGGCUGCGUUCUAGAACUGAUUCAUAUUUAUUUUAGAACUAAAACAAGAAAAUAUCUUAAUAUGUAAUAUUAAAUAAUAAUCAAAAACUAUUUAAUUUUAUUAAAAAAAAGGAUAAUAUCCGAAUCGUAGUAGAAUUUUAUUUAAACGAAUAAAAGUUAUUUGGCUUUUUGGUACUUUA